ACAGCCGCCGUAGUUGGAAGCUGCACUCAAAGAUGGCGCUCCCCAUGCGGAAUAACUUGAAACAUUUCCCCAGAUUCAUUCAGAAGUUAAACUCGCCGAAAAGGUUGCUUUGCGUAGGACUUCGUCCGGAAAACAAGGAGGCUCCAAGAAGUGGCCGUGUAUUCUCAGGGAUUCAGCCUACUGGAGUGCCCCACCUGGGAAAUUACCUGGGUGCUCUGGAGAACUGGGUGUCCCUGCAGCACCAGUACCCCUCAGUCCUCUACAGCAUUGUGGAUCUGCACUCCAUCACCCAGCCCCAGGAUCCGACGCAGCUAAAGAGUAACAUACUGGACAUGGCUGCCAGCUUGUUGGCCUGCGGUAUCAACCCAGAGAAAGCGAUACUCUUCCAGCAGUCUCAGGUGUCCGAGCACGCUGAGCUCUCCUGGAUCCUCGGCUGCCUCACCAGUAUGCCUCGGCUCCGCCACCUACCACAAUGGAAGAUGAAGAGCAAAGUGAAGAACGAAGGCAGCGUUGGUCUCUACACAUAUCCCGUCCUCCAGGCUGCCGAUAUUCUUCUCUACAAGUCCACUCACGUCCCCGUCGGAGAAGAUCAGGUCCAACAUUUGGAGCUGGUUCAGGAUCUUGCUCGCAUCUUCAACAACCGCUACGGAGAGCUGUUCCCUGAACCCUGCGCCCUGCUCAGCUCAACACAAAAAGUCAAAUCCCUCCGCGACCCCUCGGCCAAAAUGUCCAAGUCAGACCCCCAAACGAUGGCAACCGUUUCCGUCACAGACACUCCUGACGACAUCACCCUCAAGAUCCGACGAGCCGUCACCGACUUCACCUCUGAAGUUACCUUUGACCCAGAGACGCGUCCUGGUGUUUCCAACCUGGUAAACAUUCACGCUGCCGUGGCAAUGAUAAGCGUGCAGGAGGCUGUGUCUCAGGCAAGAGGAUUGGACACUGGAGCCUACAAGAAGCUUGUAAGCGAUGCUGUGAUCCAAAGGUUGACCCCCAUCAGAGAGGAAAUCGAGAGGCUGAGGUCGGACCGGGCUCACUUGGAGCGAGUGCUGGCUCAGGGGACGUGCAGGGCGCGGGAACUUGCAGCACCUGUGCUCGCAGAGGUCCGACAGAGAGUGGGCUUCUGCUGAGAGACAAGAAAAUGACUCUACACUGUGAGCCUCUCAGUAAAUUACUGCAGCUGGUGGAAAAAGACUCAACUACAGAGUGAUACUGGUCAGACUUUACAAGGGUGACUUCUUAUUUUGCUCCGUGUAUGUCCGCAGUGAAAUCAAAUUGGAAGCUCGUCUUUCGAUGCAGUUGUUACAUCCUAUUUGCUUUUGCUCAUGUUUUACAUAAUCAUUCGCAGCCUGUUUAUUUGCCUUCUGAUUCUGGCUGUAUGCAUUUCCUCACAAACCAUCGUUUUGAUUUUAUUAUUAUUAUUUUUACAACAUUUUAUCUUCUUGUUGCUAACGUGUCCAAAUAAAGAUUUAAAAGUUGUGAAAAAUG